AUGCAGCAAGGUGCAUCAGAUGCUGAUCUGAACAUCCUUCCCAAGUACAGAUUUCAAGCAUCCAAGGAUGAGGAAAAAGCUAAUAUUGCAGCUGGUACUAUGGUUCCUAUUGAAACAAGCAGUGGGUACAUGGCUAACGACCAAAUUCUUUCUUCUGAGGAUGCAGAAUGUUGUAUAUGUCUCUGCCCAUAUGAGGAUGGAACCGAAUUACAUGCUCUUCCAUGUAACCAUCAUUUUCACUCAACUUGCAUCGUGAAAUGGCUUAAGAUGAAUGCCACAUGCCCACUCUGCAAGUACAACAUCCUCAAAGGGAAUGAUCAAGUCUAA